UAGUUUGGCGCCAGAGGCUGGGCCUCACAGGCUGGAGGGGGAAGCUGCUUUGCUGGGCGUCGCCGUGGCAACGCGCGCGCGGUCGUUUCCGGGAGCCCUGGCUGAGGUGCUGGGAGCAGCGGAACGGAAGGCGGACAGACCUCAGUUGCUCAGACGGACUUGAGCCCAUCAGUCCGUUCUUACAAGUUUCCCCCACCCCCGACCUAGGUGCAUGCAAGUUCAGGUUCUUCUGCUUCUUAGCGUCGCGGCUGGCCCAUCUUAGACGCUGACUGAGGACUCUACUUUCCUCAGAUUUGUUGAUCUACAGAAUGCUUCGAUAUUCGUAUUUUUGUAGAACUCACAAAGGACUGUUUUACUGCUGGGUGGAGUCUGGUGCGUUUAAUUUGGGUGUCUGUCCCCAAGCAAUGCACACUACGGCAGCAAUGCAUACUGAAUGUGAAUCCCUGGGAGAGACAGCUCUCUGUGGCACUAGGGAGGUACAUAGAUCUGCAGAGAAAGAUUCGGAAACCAUGGCUAAAUUACAUAUUCCAGUAAUGGUGGAUGAAGUUGUUCACUGCUUGACACCACAAAAAGGGCAGGUUUUUCUAGAUAUGACAUUUGGUUCAGGAGGACACACAAAAGCCAUGCUGCAGAAGGAACCGGAUAUUACUGUCUAUGCUUUAGACCGAGACCCAACAGCUUAUGCACUUGCCGAGCAGCUUGCCAAAGCGUAUCCGAAACAAAUCCAAGCUAUGUUGGGCCAAUUCAGCGAGGCAGAGGCUUUGUUAAUAAAAGCUGGAGUACAGCCAGGGACUAUUGAUGGAGUUCUCUUGGAUCUGGGGUGUUCCUCCAUGCAACUUGAUGCUCCUGAGCGAGGUUUCUCCCUUCGCAAGGAUGGCCCCUUGGACAUGAGAAUGGAUGGAGACAGGUAUCCUGACAUGCCCACUGCAGCUGAUGUUGUGAAUGCUUUAGAUCAACAAGCACUUGCAUCCAUCCUAAGAGCAUAUGGAGAGGAGAAGCAUGCCAAGAAAAUUGCUUCUGCAAUCAUUCAAGCACGCAGCAUAUACCCUAUCUCUAGAACCCAGCAGCUUGCCAGCAUUGUUGCAGGUGCCUUUCCUCCCUCAGCUGUCUAUGCAAGAAAGGACUUGCUACAAAGAUCCACCCACAUUGCUACCAAGACUUUCCAAGCUCUUCGCAUCUUUGUGAACAAUGAGCUCAAUGAACUCUACACAGGACUGAAAACAGCACAGAAAUUCCUGAAAACUGGUGGUCGCCUUGUCGCCCUCUCCUUCCAUUCUUUAGAAGAUCGCAUUGUCAAAAGAUUUUUGCUUGGGAUAAGUAUGACGGAAAGAUUUAACCUAAGCAUUAGACAGAAGGUGAGGCCUUCCCUGCUGGAUUCAAAUCCUGAGAUUGAGGGCACCAGUGCUGUAAGAGCUCCUCUGAUGUGGGAUCUGAUUCACAAGAAGGUACUUACUCCAGAAGAUCAAGAUGUCCAAGAUAACCCCAGAGGGCGCUCAGCCAAGCUCAGGGCAGCUAUCAAAUUAUGAGGAUCUUAUUAUUUGAUCCUCAAUUUUUCCUUCUAUACUAUA